AUGGACAAAUGCAUUUUGUCUUCUUCUUCAAUCACCCAGAGGAUAGAGCAUUCCAACACCUUUUCGGAUGUCUUUGCCAAAUUCUGCUCCAAGCAGGAAUCUUCGGUAGAUGGCUCCCGGAUCAAGAACCUCAAGGGUCAGAAAAACAGAUUUGCGUCCUUCUCCAAACCACUUGGGCGCUGCUGUUUGUUUUUGGACAGUGUGAUUUCCACUGCCAAUUGGAUUGCAGUGCAGCGCAGAGGAGGUGAGGAAGCUCAUGAUGCCCUCAGUUUUUUAGAUUUCCUCAACGAAGAGCGGUGCCUGAUGCUGUCCUUGAUGGCAGAAGCAGCUGAUGAAUGCGUCUCUCUCAUCAGAGUCUUCGACACUGAAGCUUAUGAUGUGGCAUCUAUCCAUUGGGAAAUCAGUGCCUUUGUCAACCGCCUGAACUAUUUGUUUUGUGAGGAAGGAGUGUGGGAGAUUGGCUAUGUCAAAGAAAUGUUGCAGUAUCUCCGCCGGCAGCGUGCCUUCAUUGAUUCGCAUGGAAAUCCGAAAACCCUUGGCGGCCCGAACGUCCUCAUAGACAGAAAGUCAUGCUUGAACAGAUUGCAAAUGUUUGUGAAUUUGGUGAAAUUCAGAGAUGAGUACUUUGACAUCCGGCCAAUGGCUCUGCAUGAGUUCAGCAAAGGGUCUUCAGGGGUUGAUGCCUGGCUUACGACGGUGCAGCGUCUAGAGACAAAGCAAGCCGCUGUCAGAAAAGUGCAUCCAACAUCUACAAUCCGGCAGGUCUUGAUCCGUUAUGCAGCAUGGAAUGGCCUCACAACUUCUGGUGUUGAGCAAUCUUUUUCGAAAGUGCAGCGGCAUGUGACACCUCAACGAGAUCAUAUGCUCUUGGAGACUGAGUGGGACGAAGCGGCUCUACAAUUGAACCAGACCUUGUGCACUGAUUUGCAGCUGACACAGAAGGCCGGGGAAGCUGGCAACACUGAAGCUGCAUGGAAGAGACGUAGGAAACAAAGCAUAGAUGAAGCCAUGGAGGAUGUACCGGAAAGCACAUUGGAUGAAAUUCAGGGCAAUGCCCGCAUGCUCAGCUCCCACCUUUUGUCUGAUUCCAUCUUGGCCGAGCAAUCCUUCCAGUGCGACAAGCAGCACAAGAACCGCCUGAUUGCAUAUCUUGACAACUGCCUCCUGGAGUCAGAGGUGGAUGGAGAAUUCAAGGAGGUAGCUCAAGCGUUCAAAGACGCUCAGGACAAGACGGAUAAGCUCAAUGCUGCUGCGCGGCAGAGGAAGGCAGAUCUUUUGAAUCCCAAGAAGCUGCCAGACCCGAUGUCCAAAAAGGUCUUUGUGGUAGACCCCCAGACCUUAGACGACAUGACUGAGGGUUUGCUUCGUGGAUGUUUGGUUGGAGAUCCAGAACACGCAGAUUUCAUUGUGGAAACUGACCCGGCUUCCCCACAGGACACUUCACUGUGGAGUGCCUUCAUGCUUGGCCUUUGCGUUUGCAACAUGUCUUACGUCCUCUCCCAUGGACGUGAAGGUGUUGCUUUUUCGUACGCAACAACUGUGCAGUCCAAGAGAAGCAUAUUCAUCAGCGCCGAGUUUCACCGAAAAUGGACACAUCUUGCAGAAGUCGUGCGGUUUGCUGUGGCCUCCAUUGAUAGCAAGUGGAAGGAGAUCGCCACACUGCAGGAAUUUGCAGAGCUAUCUGCUGCAUUCAAUGCUGGUGACUUUGAUGCUGCCAUGAAGAGCACCGGAGUGUAUAGCGCCGCUGGGAAUCUGUUCUGGUGCGAUCUGAAGUGGCGGCCGUGCAAGCAUGUAUUCACGAACCUCAAGGCUGUCAAGGAGCUUGCCAAUUUUCAUUUUGGCAAGGGGCCCGCGCAGUUUCCAUGGAAAAUCAUUGUGGCCCUGCCUUCCAAGAGUAUGAAGGCCAAUGAGUUGCCAUUGGGGCACUUGCACCGAGUAAGCCCAGAAGAAUGUGAGGCUGCUUUGCUGAUCACAAUCGCCAAGCGAAUCCAGGAAGGUGCCACCCAAGCUGAACUCCGCCAGUGGCGAAAGGUGGUCUUGACUUGCGAGGUUCAGUUUGAAGCCUUGGCAACUUCAGACGAAGCAUACUUCAGAAGCGUCAACAUUCGGCGAUCUAUCAUUGUCGCCAAUGAGUCCCUGGUUCGGUCGGCCCUCCAACAGAUUCAGGAAAUUCUUGAAUUCAAACAGAGGAAGGAGUUGACUCUGGCCAAGACCUUGGAUGCGGGCACCCUACAUCAGAUGUGGAACGAUUCAGUGAUCGCAAUCUCAAGUGCCUAUACGGACGAGAUUUCUGUCUCUUGGAUAGAGGAAACAAACUACGGCAAGAAAAGUCCACUCAAUUCGGUCUACUCCAUGGACGGUUUGGCCCAAGCAUGCAAGACUGUUGAUGACAUCCGCUGGGUUUUGCUCAGUUUGAAGGAUUGCCUGAUGUUUCAGGGCUUUUCCACAGCUGACUUCUCGGUGCGGCUGUUGAUCGGGAAGAACAAGCAAAAGGGUGCCGUCCAUUUGUUUCUCUUCAAGCGGCAAUUGUUGAGCUACCUGCACACUUGGCUCAUCACUCAUGGCUUCAAAGAAGAACAGCUCAGCAUGUGGAAGGAACUUCAAGAUCAUGAUUCCUGCCGAAAGUUGUUGGGUGGUGGGGGCACGAAGGUGGACACUCAAUGGCAGAGUACCAAGAGCGAAAGCACACGGCUUUUGAUCCAGUUCAUCAAGCAGACCAUCUAUGGCAGCGCCAUGGACCACAAUAUUCGCCAAUCCAUCAAGAACACACAGGAUCCAAAGGAUGUGAUCGCUAACAUGCCUACCCUCAAGGAUGCCAUGGAUGAGAUCCUUGCAGCUAUGAAGAAGGAGGCUGGGCCUCAGUGUCCACAGGCAAGCGCAAGUGAGGAUCGGAAUGUUUCAGCUGAUGCGGCCAUGUCCACUGUGGUGGAUUUGCAAGAUUUGGUGACGAGUGAGCAGAUGAAGGAGGACAAAGAGAAUGAGUUGCCACGAUGGGUGGAGUAUCUGGAGGAAGUCUUCGACAAGUGGGUGAAGAUCAUCAUCAAUGACGCGAAAGAGCUCGCUGUCAUGAAGGAAACCCAAAAGCUGGAGUCAGGGAAUGUCAUGAUCCUAUACGACAGCAAGACUGCUGGGGAGUCAUCCUCCCAACCCAACGCACGAAUGCCUCCAUUCCGUGCGAAAAGCUUUCAGACUUGUGUGCAUGCCAUGAUGCGAGUUCGCAAAGAAUCAGAUGAGGACACAGAUGAAUCUUUGCCAAGCGGGCACUUGUUCUGUGUCUUCGAUGGGGGGCGCAGUGGUUACGAUUCUGCGAUGAUCAAUGCCUUCACCACUCCAACCGAGGGUAAGCCUGUGUCGAAGUCCCAUCAGCAGUUUCAAAUCUUUUUCCAGCAACAAAGCUUGCAGAAACGCAAGGAACGUGUGCGUGGAUUCGUGAACCAGUCGGAGUGCCUACAUGUGUUCACAAAGGAUGCUUUGGACCUCCCACAGAAGAAGAGGCUGCAUUUUGAAGACAGCACCACGCAUGGCACUGUCAUCGGGCCAUUCUCAGCGGCGCCCUAUGAUGGACCAGAUUGCUGGCGAUUGCAGCCAAGUAUCAAAAAAGCAUGCCUCGGCUCACAAGGGAAGAUCCUGGUUGGUGGAGCAGGACCUUCCGAUGCGCAGCAGAAACCGAAGUUUGAAGAUGGGGAACCCAUGUCUUGGCACAUGAUGUGCCGCGAAGUCUAUGAGGAACUGAUCCACAGCUUUGAUGAUGUUCGCAUGAUGAUUUGUCCCACCAAUUUGUGCCACUUGCUGCCCAUGGUUUGCUUGGAGAAGCAGAUUCCUGUCGUGGUUGCCUGCUUCACUGAAGAGCACAAAACGCACUUGACGACGAAGAUCCUCAAAAGCUUGUGGGCGGCGUUCUUGGAUGAGAAGAGCGCGCACUAUCAGCCCAGUUUGUGCAAGCUGCUGAACUUGAAGGUGACAGCCAAGCGCAAACUCGAGCCCGCUGUGAAGAACAUCCGGGGCAAGCCGAAGGCCAAGGCCAAGGCGGCCGCAGAGCCAGAGGAUGAUGCUGUGGAAGAUCUUGUUGAGGACACAGAGACAGGGCAAGAAGAGCCAGCUGGCAGUGCUGAUGGUGCCGGCGCCGGCAAGGGUGCUGGGAAAGGCAAGAAAGGCAGAGGCCGUGGCAGGCCAGCGCCAGCUGGCAACGCGGAAGCACGAAAGAAGCUUCUGGGAAAGCUCAUGGCCAACUUGAACAAGUAG